GGCCGGCCCCUGUCCUUUGUCUCUGUUGAAGCCUCCACAAAACUAGGGGACUUUUUAUUUUUCUCUUUUUUAUUUAUUUUUUUCAAAUCCAAAGAAAUUGGAAAUUUCUAGGGUUUGCUUUCGAAUCUUCUCCGAAACCCUAAUUUCGAUUCUCUCCGUUGAUUCCAUGGCUUCUCGUCGGCGUAUGCUUCUGAAGGUCAUCAUCCUCGGUGAUAGCGGGGUUGGGAAGACAUCGCUUAUGAAUCAAUAUGUGAAUCGAAAAUUUAGUAAUCAGUACAAAGCAACCAUUGGAGCGGAUUUCCUGACAAAGGAAGUUCAGUUUGAAGAUAGAUUGUUCACAUUGCAGAUAUGGGACACUGCUGGACAAGAAAGGUUCCAAAGCCUUGGUGUGGCUUUUUAUCGUGGUGCAGACUGCUGUGUUCUUGUGUAUGAUGUGAAUGUGAUGAAAUCAUUUGAUAAUCUUAACAACUGGCGAGAAGAGUUUCUGAUUCAGGCCAGCCCAUCUGACCCUGAAAAUUUUCCAUUUGUUGUAUUGGGGAACAAGAUAGAUGUUGAUGGUGGCAAUAGUCGCGUGGUGUCUGAGAAGAAAGCCAAGGCAUGGUGUGCCUCCAAGGGCAACAUUCCUUACUUUGAGACCUCUGCCAAAGAAGGGUUUAAUGUGGAAGCCGCUUUUCAGUGUAUAGCCAAAAAUGCUCUCAAGAAUGAACCUGAAGAAGAAAUAUACCUUCCGGACACCAUUGAUGUUGCGAGUGGAGGGCGGCAGCAAAGAUCAUCAGGAUGUGAAUGCUAAGGAGGAGUUCCCUGGACUGGGAAUGAGAACUGUCAUCCACGUCUCCCCAAUUCGUUCCUGCAGCAGUAACAAUAAUAAUAAUAAAAAUGUCGUCAAGGGUUACGAAAGUUGCAAUGUGUAUUAUAUAAGUGGGCAGGGGAAGGAACUACUGCUUGAUUUUUAUAUUCCAGUUGUGUUUUUUCCGUCCUUGCAUGUAUUCCAUUUUCUUGUACUGUGGUUUCAUCCCUUUGAAUGCUAUCUUGUGCGCCUAGUAGAUGAA